UUCUUGCAUGUACCACAAGUUGUGAUUACGCGUCUGGAUAGACACGUAACCACACGUACAUAAUCUUGCAAAACCAAAUGUUAAAAAUGUAUUGCUCAUCCAUAUUUCUUUUUAGUUUGAUUUUGAUAAUAUUUUUAUCUGAAAAAGUUACCGGACGAAGCCAGUUCAACGACAACUAUGAAGCGCCACAAUACAAACGUCAAGUUGAAGUCACGGAUAUUGGAAAUGGCAAUCACAGACACAAUGUCAUAGAUUUUGGCCCAAAUGUCAAUAGUGCUGGUCCCACUCAACACGGUAGAUCCCAGCCUGAUAACAGAUUUGGUGAUAGUCCUCUGACGUACAAUAACAACCCAACUAACCCAGGAACACCACGUCCAAAUCAGUAUCUUGGAUCUACAGCUAACAUUGGACAUGGAUAUGAUAACCGCAACACAGUAUCACUAAAUACCGACCCUAGAACCCUUCAAACCCAAAGCAGACCUUACAAUACUAGAAAUAAUGGUGGAACAUCUUUUUUGAGUGACGCUGGUCUUUUCAAUGUUGGCUAUGGCAUAAAUAAUCAUAAUCAGAUCCUUGUUAACGGCCGACCAUUACAACCUGCUGCACCAGUGAAUAGUGGCAGCAGAAACCCUCAAACAGAAAACAGAGCUAGCAAUCCCAGCAAUAAUGGUGGCUAUGAAACAAGAACUAGUACUAGUCCGGUCUACGUAAAUGGCCAACCAAUACAACCAGUACGUAAUGAUGGAGCCUGGAGCACAUACCAAGCAAAUGGUGAAAAUAUACACAUUUUAAAUACAGGAAGUUCACAGCCGAUAAACAGAGGUCCUCAAUUGAAAACAUUGUACGCCGUGUCAGCACAAUUAGAGCAAAUUAAAGCACAAUUGAGACAAGAAGCGGCAAGACUAAACAUGAAAUUACAGUAACAUUGAAACUGAUUAAGGAUAUUCAAAACCCCAUUGCUAAAAUGCUAAACAGUAAAAGUUGUAAACAGAAAAAAAUUUAAGAUUUUCCUUUAGCCACUUGUAAUGUAAUGAUGCUCACAAUAAUUUUAAUCUAAUUGUGCUCAAAUAGUCAUAAAACAUUGUUAUUACAAAAAAAGUUGUUGUUAUAACAGAAUGUGAGUGAAUUGUUGUAAUGUAUGGGUACUGUUAAAGAAAGUUGUUAGUUGUAUGAGAAAAAAGGUCUUAUUGAACAACCAACUUCCAUUGGAGAGCACUAUUGUACCAGGUAUAAUUAAUAAAUAAUUUAAAUAAUAAAUAAUGAAUUGAGUAGCGGUUGUUUCAUAAUUAUUCUGACUGCGUCUAUGACAAUAAUGUAAUCUAUUUAUAUGCCAAAAUCUUUCAUUGUGGCUAUUUUAUGAAGUAUUAUAGUUUACAGUAACUGCAAUAUAUAUUUUUUUGAUUUGUAAUCAUGAAACUACAUAACAACAUGCCAUGAAAAUC